AUGGCCACUGCAGACGUCAGCAGCUACAGCGACUACCUCCCACUGCGCAUCUCGCUCCUGGAGAAGGAGAAAGAGCUGACGCGUCUCCGUGACCAAAUCACCAAGCAACGCAACCAACUGCCGCUUGUCGCUGUCGAUAAAAGCUACGAGUUCGUCGACUCCGAGUCGGGCGAGACGCUGUCACUGCGCAACCUCUUCGGCGAUCGGAAGCAGCUGAUUGUGUACCACGCCAUGUUCUCGCCCGACCAGGAGCAAGCCUGCUCAUCUUGCACGCUCUUCCUGGACCAUAUCCCGCCACUGGAGCACCUCCGCUCGCACAACACCAAUCUCGUCGUUGUAAGCCGGGCCAAGCCAGAGCAGAUCAAAGCAUACAAGGAGAAGAUGGGGUUUGAUCGCUUCCGCUGGGUGAGCUCGUACGGGCAGGAUUUCAAUUAUGAUUAUCAGGUGACGGUCGACAAAGAGAAGAACCCGCACUAUAACUUCCAACCUGCCGAGCAUUGGCAGCAAAGGAAGAUGCCGUGGUUCGCCGAGGGGGAACAGCCGGGUCAUAGCAUCUUUGUGUUGGGUGGGGAGCCUAAGGAUGGAGGUGUGGGCAAGGGGGGAGAGGCGGGUAAGGUGUACUAUGCUUACAGCACUUAUGCUAGAGGUGGCGAGGACGCCAUGACUACGCUGAGGUGGUUGGACUGGACUCCGCUCGGGCGUCAAGAUGGCCAGCUCGAAGGGGCUGAGGGAGUAGGGUACAAGCGCCGGGGUGAGUAUUCGGUGGAGGAAGUUGGGGCGAAGCAUUAG